AUGCAUCCUGCUGAGGUUACGACUUCUGAAAGAGAUAGACGGCGUUGGCAAACGGGAAGAGAACCUACCCUCGGCACCAGCAGCGAAAGAAUACCUUCAAGAGGUUACACACAGCAAAGACGGACUCCUCAAAAAAGAAAGGCGAUUCUUUUCUUUUCCGAACGAGUCGACGGUUGCAGCAAACGGAUAAAAGAGGGAAUUGGCGAAAAUGAGAGGAUUCAAGGGGUCGAACGGAAAAGAGAGAGAGAGAGAGAGGGAAGAGAGGGGAAGAAUGAAGAUGAGAGAGAGAAUGCUGCGUUUUGGGGUGGUGGUGGUGGUGGAGGAGGUGGAGGACGGGGAGGCGUUGAGAUAAGCCGGGCUGCGUCUUUGCAACUCUUUCGGUGGCUGAUGGAACCGCACGCACACUUCACAACGGAAGAGAGAGGAAGGCGGAGCGGAGGGUCGCCGUGGAGGAGGAAUGGAUUAUGCUUCUUUUUGUUGGCGUCUUCGAGGAGCGUGGACUGCUCAGAUCGGAACGGUGAGGAACAGGGUGGAAUGACGAGAGACACCAGGCUAGCAGCAGUGAAGCAUGGAUGGGCUGUUAAAAGAAGAACAGUGGAGGAGCGGGGAGGAACCCUCUGUGGGUUGGCGUUCGAUAUAACUAUGUAUGGUCGGAGGAUGCUCGCCUGUCUUUGGCUGAAAUGCGAUCUCGGCCACUUCGGUGCGGAAAAAACCACGAGGCAGAUCGACACGAGAACGAGAUGGGAGGGAGACGCAGGGAGUAGAGAGAGAGAGAAAGAGAGAGAGGAAGAGAAGGGGGGGGAAGAGCCGGAAAAGAGUAAGCAGCAGAUCCCAGCAGUUCCUCCGGCGGGCGCAAUUAAGAGCAGCAGCUAG